CUUCCUCAUGACAUAGAACAGUUUAACUUUCGUGCUUUCUGGGCAGAGAAAUGGUCCUGGGGACAGUUCUGCUUCCACCUGAUAGUUAUGGAAGAGAUCAGGACACGUUGCUUUGCUGCCUGUGCAGUGAGGCCUCAGAAACUGCUCUACCUACCUUAUCAGAUCACUUUGCCAGCUGUGUGGAGGAUGGAUUUGAGGGAGACAAGACUGGAGGCAGUAGUCCAGAAGCCUUGCACCGCCCCUAUGGUUGUGAUGUUGAACCCCAAGCACUGAACGAGGCCAUCAGGUGGAGCUCCAAGGAAAACUUGCUGGGAGCCACUGAGAGUGAUCCUAAUCUCUUUGUUGCACUUUAUGAUUUUGUAGCAAGUGGUGAUAACACACUCAGCAUCACUAAAGGUGAAAAGCUACGAGUCCUUGGUUACAAUCAGAAUGGUGAGUGGAGUGAAGUUCGCUCUAAGAAUGGCCAAGGUUGGGUGCCAAGCAACUACAUCACCCCAGUAAACAGUCUGGAAAAACAUUCCUGGUACCACGGACCUGUGUCACGCAGUGCAGCUGAGUAUCUACUCAGCAGUUUAAUCAAUGGCAGUUUCCUGGUGCGAGAAAGUGAGAGCAGCCCCGGGCAGCUGUCCAUUUCGCUCAGGUACGAGGGGCGCGUGUAUCACUACAGGAUCAAUACCACCACAGAUGGCAAGGUAUAUGUGACCGCUGAGAGCCGCUUCAGCACCUUAGCAGAGCUUGUCCACCAUCACUCUACAGUGGCUGAUGGGCUGGUGACAACAUUGCACUACCCCGCACCCAAGUGUAACAAGCCUACAGUUUACGGUGUGUCCCCCAUCCAUGACAAAUGGGAAAUGGAACGAACAGAUAUUACCAUGAAGCACAAGCUUGGGGGUGGUCAGUAUGGAGAGGUUUACGUUGGCGUCUGGAAGAAAUACAGCCUGACGGUUGCUGUGAAAACAUUGAAGGAAGAUACCAUGGAGGUGGAGGAGUUCCUGAAAGAAGCUGCAGUGAUGAAGGAAAUCAAACAUCCUAAUCUGGUACAGCUAUUAGGUGUGUGUACUUUGGAGCCACCAUUUUACAUUGUGACUGAAUACAUGCCAUAUGGGAAUCUCCUUGAUUAUCUCCGAGAAUGCAACCGAGAAGAGGUGACUGCAGUUGUACUGCUUUACAUGGCCACUCAGAUAUCUUCGGCAAUGGAAUAUUUAGAGAAGAAGAAUUUCAUCCAUAGAGAUCUUGCAGCUCGGAACUGCCUAGUGGGAGAAAACCAUGUGGUAAAAGUGGCUGACUUCGGCUUAAGUAGAUUGAUGACUGGAGACACCUACACUGCUCAUGCUGGAGCCAAGUUUCCUAUUAAAUGGACAGCACCAGAGAGCCUUGCCUACAAUACCUUCUCAAUUAAAUCUGAUGUCUGGGCUUUUGGGGUACUGUUGUGGGAAAUUGCUACCUAUGGAAUGUCACCAUAUCCAGGUAUUGACCUGUCUCAGGUCUAUGAUCUACUGGAAAAGGGAUAUCGAAUGGAACAGCCUGAAGGAUGCCCCCCUAAGGUUUAUGAACUUAUGAGAGCAUGCUGGAAGUGGAGCCCUGCUGACAGGCCCUCUUUUGCUGAAACACAUCAAGCUUUUGAAACCAUGUUCCAUGACUCCAGCAUUUCCGAAGAGGUAGCUGAGGAGCUUGGGAGGGCCGCCGCCGCCUCAUCUGUCGUCCCCUACCUGCCCCGAUUACCUAUUCUUCCUUCCAAGACCCGGACACUGAAGAAACAGGUGGAGAACAAGGAGAAUAUCGAAGGGUCCCUAGAUGCCCCCGACAAUUCUGCUUCCAGUUCAGCACCAGGGUUCAUUAGAAGUGCACAGGUCCCCAGUGGGUCCCCAGCACUGCCUCGAAAACAAAGAGACAAGUCACCCAGCAGCCUCUUGGAAGAUGCUAAAGAGACGUGCUUCACCAGGGAUAGGAAGGGAGGCUUCUUCAGCUCCUUCAUGAAAAAGAGAAAUGCUCCCACACCCCCCAAACGCAGCAGCUCCUUCCGAGAAAUGGAGAAUCAGCCCCACAAGAAAUAUGAACUCACGGGUAACUUCUCAUCUGUUGCUUCUCUACAGCAUGCUGAUGGGUUCUCUUUCACUCCUGCCCAGCAAGAGGCGAAUCUGGUGCCCCCCAAGUGCUAUGGGGGGAGCUUUGCACAGAGGAACCUCUGUAAUGACGACGGUGGCGGGGGUGGGGGCAGUGGCACUGCGGGGGGUGGGUGGUCUGGCAUCACAGGCUUCUUUACACCACGUUUAAUCAAAAAGACACUGGGCUUACGAGCAGGUAAACCCACAGCCAGUGAUGACACUUCCAAGCCUUUUCCAAGGUCAAACUCUACAUCUUCCAUGUCCUCAGGGCUUCCAGAGCAGGAUAGGAUGGCAAUGACCCUUCCCAGGAACUGCCAGAGGUCCAAAAUCCAGCUGGAAAGGACAGUGUCCACCUCUUCUCAGCCAGAAGAGAGUGUGGACAGGGCCAAUGACACACCUCCCAAAAAGUCAGAGGAAGGUGCUGCUCCAACCAGGGAGAGACCAAAAGCCAAACUUUUGCCCAGAGGAACCACAGCUCUUCCCCUAAGAAGCCCCUCUGGGGAUCCAGCCAUUACAGAGAAGGACUGUCCAGGGGUGGGGGCAGCUGGAGUGGCAGCUGCCCCAAAGAGCAAGGAGAGGAAUGGUGGGGCACGACUUGGCAUGGCUGGAGUCCCAGAGGAUGGCGAGCAGACAGGCUGGGCUUCUCCAGCCAAGGUUGCGGCCAUGCUCCCCACCACACACAACCACAAAGUGCCCGUCCUCAUCUCCCCCACUCUGAAGCACACUCCAGCCGACGUGCAGCUCAUUGGCACAGACUCUCAGGGGAACAAAUUCAAGCUCUUAUCUGAGCAUCAGGUCACAUCCUCUGGAGACAAAGACCGACCCCGACGGGUAAAACCAAAGUGUGCCCCACCCCCACCACCAGUGAUGAGACUACUGCAGCAUCCGUCCGUGUGCUCAGACCCCACGGAAGAGCCGGCGGCCCCGGCUGCCGGACAGCCCACAUCAGAAACACAGGAAGGAGGGAAAAAGGCAGCUCCAGGGGCAGUGCCCACCAGUGGGAAAGCUGGGAGGCCUGUGGUGCCUCCACCUCAAGUGCCUCUGCCCACAUCUUCCAUCUCGCCAGCCAAAAUGGCCAACGGCACAGCAGGUACUAAAGUGGCUCUGAGGAAAACCAAACAGGCAGCUGAGAAAAUCUCCGCAGACAAAAUCAGCAAAGAGGCCCUGCUGGAAUGUGCUGAUCUGUUGUCCAGUGCCAUCUCAGAACCAGUGCCCAACAGCCAGCUGGUGGACACUGGGCACCAGCUGCUUGACUACUGCUCAGGCUACGUGGACUGCAUCCCUCAAACUCGCAACAAGUUUGCCUUCAGAGAGGCCGUGAGCAAACUGGAACUCAGCCUGCAGGAGCUGCAGGUGUCUUCAGCCACUGCGGGCGUGCCUGGGGCAAAUCCUGUCCUUAAUAACUUACUAUCGUGUGUACAGGAAAUCAGCGAUGUGGUGCAGAGGUAGCCACUGUUAGCCUACUGGAAGAGGCACACGUUUCUGAGGGGACGGGAAGGGACUUGUUUUCCUGUGUUCUUGUUUUCAAAAAAUGAAAGACUGAUACUUGAGUGUGUUUAUGUGAAGUACCUCAGCUCUCUGAGAUCUCACGUUUACAGGUUCAUCUCAAAAAUAACAAAAAGCAAAACUCAUAGGAGAGGGAAAUUGGAGGGGUUGGGCGGUGGUGGGCAGGAUUGGAAGCUGCACUGGAAUAUCAGGGAAUGUGUAUACGUGGUGCCGUGAAGAACCAAAUCCAGCCAUUCUGACCUGGAAUGAUGCGAGGUGGUUAGACAGGGCUGCCCUUGGCAGUGCCGGGAGACUGCCCAGACGGGCCUGACUGCGGCACCCGUCUGUCCCGCACAGAGGGAACUGGCUUAGGGCUCCGGGAGGUACUAAUGAUUAUGUUCACCUCACCCAGGGAAGUCAGUGGAACAGAAGAAAGGAAAGCUGGGAAGGUGCUAAGUGAAGUUUCAUCCAAGGCUGUUGGAAGCAGCUAUUAGCCUUGCUUCCCCAAGGUCACUUGCUGCAGUAAGAACCGCAAAUCAAAUUGCUGGAAUGACAAAACCGGGAAAGGAAUAUUAACUUAGGAAGAUAGGAAUUCAGCAUUGGUGAGCAGUGAAUUUUCUUCCUGCCUCUGUCAUCGAUCCACUGUCAAGCCACAGCCCCGUCUCUAAAUCUGUUAAAUGAAGGUUGCAAUAUUUUAUUGGCAAAGGAGGCUUUUGAUUGGAGUGUUUCUCCCAUCGUUUUAACUGACGGAAUCUGAGCAGAAUUUGUCUCUCUGUGUGGAAUAGAGGUCUGUAAGGUAAAGAAGCUGGGUUUAGCAAUCAUCCCUCUGGUACAUGCUGUAGAAUGUCCUCUGUGGGGGUGAAUACUUCUCCUUUGAUGGAUUCCAAAGGCAUCGUCUGGAGCCCAGCUGGUACAUCAGGUGGCUGGGAGCAUGGAGUGACAUUUUCUUAUAGAAGAGCAAUAUGAAGGAAGCUUUUUCAGUACGAAGUUGAAGUAAACCGGCAGACCAGACACCUGGUGUCAGCUCGCCCGAGGCUCUCCCCUGCUGUGCUCACAGAUAUAAGCUGCUCAGCUUCCCCCUGAGAGUAACGACCUGAAAGGCGGCCCCACACGCCACAGGCUUCAAGUGGACGGCUUGACACUGAGGCCACUGCACUGGAAGAACGGAAGCUGAGGUCUGGGGCCUCCUCCGGCAAAGGUCUGUACAAAAGAGACAUUGUCCGGCCUUGUCACCCUCCCUUGCUCCCUUUUGACAAACACUUACUGAGACUGCUGGGUGCCGGGAGCCCAGAGGGGUGCUGAGGUUCUCUCCGUUGACUUCCAUGUGUAUGUGACUCCAGGACAGUGUGGCAAGUGCUAAUGUAGGAGAAAACUUCAGAGGGAGGGGAAGUUUAGGAGGCACAACUCAGAGGGGCCUGUGACUGAAGCCUGGGAGAGUGAGAAAGGUCAUUAAAGAAAACAUGUUUGCCUUGAGCUGCCUCGCCCUAACGGAAGUGGAAUAUAGAAGGAUGGCGACAUGUGCCUAUGACAUCAUUAAGCAACUAGAAUUUCAGGUCUGAAGCACAGGAAAGAGGACUGGGUUAGAGAUAUGGAGAAAAAGGGUGAGAAGAAAUCUUAGUGGCACCAACAGGGACGCUGGGAAGGAGGCAGGACACCUGGAGUUGGCAGUGCUGCCUCCCUCUCUCCCCUCCCUUCGGGCUCCUGCAGCUCCUAAACCAACCAGGCUCUCCCUAGGAAGCUCCCAGGUACAUUAACUCAAGUGUCUGUUCGUUUGAGUGCGGCCUGUGUGCCAGGCUCUGGGGCACAGAGAAGCAGCUGACUGGUUCCAUCCAUGCCUAGCAGGUAAGCUGACCAUCUAGCCGUGACCCAGUGCCUCCUUGCCCAGCUGGAGGGCCUGUCAGCAACAAGAGGAGUCCCUGUCCCGUUGCGUAAGUUCAGCUGCAUGUAGGGAAGCUUCUGCCCCAAGGCCUGCCAGGGAGGUCAUCACUGCACACGCAAGUGGCUGCACUUGCAUCAGCUGAGAUAAGACCUGCCCACAGAUUGCCCCAUCAAGGGCCAGGGGGGCAUGUGUAGGACUUGCGUAUGUGGCCCCAGGAGCACAGAUUCCAGUGCCUUCCCUGUUUCUGCCCAGAGCCAUCUACCUGACACGAAGUUUCUGGAGAGCAGGAGCUUAGCCUGUUUAUGUGACCACCGUGCAUAGCACAUAGCAGGCGCUCAGUGGAUAGUUUUGUCUCCACUUCCCUCCGAAUUUCUCCUCUUGUUUUGUCCUGCAGCCAUCAUCUCACCACGACAUAACCUGGGCCCCUUCUCUGUUCACUCUCCUAGUCCUUAGGAGCUGCUGCGCUGGCACAUGUAAUCUCACCAGCCCUCAGAGCCCAAAGGCCUUUCCGGAACGCUAAUCUCUGAAUCUUCAUUUCCUUAUUUGUAAAGAGAUUAGACAAUUUAAGAUACCCUCCUUAGGUUCUACACAGUCAACAUACGUGCAUUUUUUUCUUCCCGGGGUACAAGUCCUUUCUCUUCUUUUCCUGACAACAGUGCAGAGAGAACAGCCAUGAAUGUCCCAGUGAGAAGUGGACAGUCCCUUUGCUCUCGGGAGUUCCAGGGUCCUGCCUGUGGCCACCUGGAGCCUUCCAUGCUUGUAGAAUAGGUGGAGGCAGGCAGUGUGAGGGUUCUGGCCCAGAAGACUCGGCUCUGAGGGCUGAGGCAGUCUAGGCCCCCACACCCUACGUGUCCUGUUUCAAGCACCACCUCCUGCUGCCAUCACACUCCACACAGGUGGUGAAAAACCACCACCAGCUCACCUCCAGCAGCAGCUCUAGGAAAUGUUUCAGGAUGAACUGCUGUGAGUUGCUCACACUAGAAGUUUGAAUCAGCUAUGUUUUUCUUUCAGAUAGAGGAGUCCUUACACAUUCUAGAAAUCAAGCCCAGAAAUUUGUUAAAGAGAAAAACCAGAGUCACUGUGCUAAAAGCCCCAUGGCACCAAGCCUGGACUUCUCUGGUCAGUACCAAUGAGGUAACCUGUCACAGGCCCUCUUCCAUCACCAACAGAAGCUGGCCCUGCCAGAAACAGUCCUUUGUUUUGCCAGCUUUCAUGUCCUGCCCAGUUUUGCUUAUAAAAAGCAUCCAUUGUCCAGAUUCUCAGAGCAUCUCUAUUUACUAGAUGGGAUGCUGCCUGAUUCAGGAACCGCUUAAUAAAGCCUAUUAGCUCUUGAAAUUUA